AUGGCUAAUAGAAGCAAGUGUACAAAAGAAACAAAUCAAGGUGAACUCGUGGGUUUUUCUUUUUUUGGGGUUAUCUUGGAUCCCUGCAACCCCACUCCAAUUAUUUUGUUUAUCCCAUUCUUGUUGGGCAGCUCGAUCACAGGCUUCACAAAUGGUACCUUCAACCGAAACUUUGUCCUCUCAUGGGGUGAAGAACGGGGAAAGAUCCUGGAACAUGGUGAGCUUCUUACCUUAUCCCUUGACAGAAAGUCUGGCUCAGGGUUUGAAUCAAAGAAGGAAUAUCUAUUUGCAAAGAUUGAUAUGCAAAUAAAGCUUGUCCCUGGAAAUUCUGCUGGCACCGUCACUACCUACUAUUUGUCAUCAGAAGGGUCAGCCCAUGAUGAAAUUGACUUUGAAUUUUUGGGCAAUUCAACUGGUAAUCCUUACACUCUUCACACCAAUGUUUUUAGCCAAGGCAAAGGCGACAGAGAACAACAGUUCUUCUUGUGGUUUGAUCCAACUGAAGAUUUCCACACUUAUUCCAUUCUUUGGAAUCCCAAAUGCAUUAUCCUAUCUGUGGAUGGCAAACCUAUCAGAGAAUUCAAGAACAUGGAAUCAAUUGGGGUUCCAUACCUCAAAGGCCAGCCCAUGAGAAUAUAUUCAAGUCUAUGGAACGCAGAUGAAUGGGCUACGCAACAUGGACUAGUCAAGACCGACUGGAGCCUAGCUCCCUUUACAGCUUCUUACAGAAAUUUCAGUGCCGAAGCUUGCAUUUGGUCUCCAAGAACUAGAAAAUCUUCUUGUGAAUCAACAGAUUCAGCAAAAAGCAAUUCUUGGCUGACUGAAGAGUUAGAUCCAAGAGCUCGGGAGAAAAUGAAACAGCUGCAGCAGAAGUAUAUGGUGUACAAUUACUGCGAAGAUCCCUGGAGAUUUCCACAGGGACCUGGUCCAGAAUGCGGUAGCAAGAGCAAAAUUAAUAGGCAAAGCAAUAACAACAACAACAUUAACACCAAUGCUAACAAUAAUGACAACAUUAUUGUUCCUAGGAAACCAAGGCGACCUAGACGUCGUUCACGGUCAAAGCGAGCGAAUAAGGUCGCUCAAAUUGAUUGA